AUGCCAUUCCUGAAAAUGUCAAGAUUUCCUCUACCAUUUCCCUCUUUCCCUUGGGAUUGGGGAUUGCGAAACACGGAUCCAUUUCGAUCUCCGAAUCCACCACCAAACAAACCAAUUGGUGGUCAAGCCACUCAUCAGCUGAUUGCCAACAAGGGAAUGCCUGGAACGCGCGGAGAGAUCGACUAUCCACCACCUGAAAGCCCCGAUCCAGCGGUAAUGCAAGAUCAAAGAAUUCGUGAUCUCAUCAGUUAUGUUAGAAAAGUCGAGAAAGAGAUGUUCGAAAUCGCCGAUGAUAGGGAAGAGUAUUAUCAUCUGUUAGCCGAGAAGAUCUACAAGAUUCAAAAAGAAUUCCGUGAUCAAUUCUUCAACGCUAAUAUCUACUAUUCAUAUAAAGUUCCACCACUUGAA